ACCGCAUCCGAGCCAAUUCGGUUCAUAUGAUCAUUUAACUUUGUCCUUUUCGAUUAAACAUCCAUUGGUCCUUUGGACAUAGGAAAGCAAAAGGAAACAGGCAGUAGCAAAAACACACUUCAAAAAACCACCAUUUAUGCUCAUCAUCUCACUCAACACCUUUUCAUUCUCUUCUGCCACAAAACGGUAACGAGAGAAAAAGGCGGAUUUUGUUUUGGGCAUUUUGAUGAGAUUUAUUGCGAGCAAGUCUGUAUAUAUGAUGACGACAUUGUAACGAUUGCCCAAAAACAGCACAAACACACACACGCAGCCCCACCUCUUUCUUCAUUUUCAAUUAUUCAUUGCACAAUUUAAACUCUCUGAGACAACAAAGCUACACUACAAUGACCAUGCAAAGCUCACAACCAGAGAUGAGCAGACUUACACUGCAAAGGUCGCCAAACGAUGCAAGUUCAACAUCAUCUUCUUCACUUUCUCGAAAUUCUUUGGAUUAUUCUUUACCUUCAACUAGUUCAAAUUUGAAUACCGCGGCCGUUGGCUCUACUUCACACCAUAAACGUCCUUCAGCUUCUUCAAUUUCAUCAACUUCUAGUACGUCAAAUAGUUCAAAAACGGCCGCUUUUUUCAAUGCUAGUUUCGAUAAUCCAAUCAAACCCGCUACUUCUUCUAAUGCAUCAAUCGCACCUGCUUCUAAACAAUCUUCACCUCAAAAAGCAACCGCGUUUACACAAAAUCAAUUCGCCAUAAACAAUGAUAAUAAUAACUCUGCUGCUGGUCAAAGGAUAUCGUUGGAGGAUAGUGGAAAUCUAUCCCUCUCAUCACUAGGGUGGAAUUCAUUCGGAGGUGGUGAACCAUUGGGAAGAACGUCUUCGAGUAUACGUAGAAGUUGGGUGGAUUUUGAAGGCAAGCCAAUCUUUGCUCUUCCCAGCCCAGGUUUAUCAGAUGAAGAAGGUGAAAAGCGAGGGAUGAAUCAAGGUUUCAUGUUUCCUGAAAGUACAGAUUCCGAUAUGCCAGCCCGUUUAUCCAGUCAUCCAUCACUUCCAUCCAUAGUAACAAACACGGCAUCUUCUCAAGAUUCGAAGCAGGAGAUUAUUGAUUCUCCUAAAACAUUAAUUUUCUUUGGAUCAGGUUCCUCCUCUUCUUCUCAGCCAGCAAUCGUUUCUGCCAAAGAAGGCGUUCGGAGUAAAUAUUCUUCUGCUACGCUUACUGCAACUCCAUCUCGACUUCCAUCGGAAAGUGAUUCAUUACAUGCACCAUCCCGAUUGCCUUCGGCAAGUGCUAGUCAUCCUUGUCCGGGAUUGUUUGCUAAUGAACGUUCUACUGCAGACAUCCUUAGUCAAGAUUCAUCUAUGGGUUCAAGUCAAUCAACACCCAGGGUGAUGGGUACGCAACCGUUAGUUCCUUCUGCGUUUGUUUCACCUCCUUCACCUGAUCCGAACGAAGGUGGUGGUCAAAGUCAAGGAUUCAAUGUUUCGCCUGUUCGAAAUGGCUUUAGUAGGCAUACACAUGGACCAUCGGAAAAUGUGACAAGUUCAAGUAUUGUUCCACCUGCAGAAGCGAUGCAAUUGAUGGACAAGGCUACUGAUGUGUAUCGGGCUAAUGCGGAUGUACAAGCAUCAGCGUCAAAUACGAAUGAUCACUUGCAGGAAUCUAGACCAUCUCCUUCUCCUCAAACUACACCUACGAUGGAAGAAAGUGAAGAUGAGAGCGUUAGUAGGGUGGGAUCUUAUGCGGUUGAGAGAGUGUUGGGUAUGGGCGCAUUCAGUAAAGUAGUCCUUGCAAGACGUCAAAGGGUGAACCAGACUGUAACUGGAGCACAUGCACCUUCAUCUGUUGGAGAUCUUGUUGCUUUAAAGAUGCUGGAAAAGGAACCUUGCCGACAAAAUGAAAGAAUGCGGGUCAGUUGGGUACGUGAAGUGGAAGUAUUACGACAUAUAGUUCAUCCGAAUAUCGUUCGCUUUCUUUCUUCAUUUUCAACAACUCGUCAUCACGUUCUCGUUUUGGAAACGGUUGAAGGAGGAGAAUUGUUUGAAUUCCUGGCUCAAAGUCAAUCGGAGAUCGCAAAUCGAGAAUGGCUUGUCCGUAGAAUAUUUGGAGAAUUGGCAAAUGCGGUAGGAUGGAUGCAUACGAUCAAUCUUGUUCAUCGUGAUAUCAAGUUGGAAAACAUCAUUCUUACGCAACCGCUAAGAGGUAGAAAUGAUCUAACGCCAGCCGAUCUACCAAGCACGCCCUUAAUCAAAUUGAGCGAUUUUGGACUAUCACGUUUCAUCGAUCCUAACGCACCUCUAUUGGAGACUCGUUGCGGCUCGGAGGAAUAUGCUGCGCCGGAAUUGAUCAUCGGGAAACGAUAUGAUGGAAGAUUGACAGAUGUGUGGGCAAUGGGAGUGGUACUAUAUGCAUUGCUAUCGGGCUCUCUACCAUUUUUGGACUUUGCCGAUACAUCUUCACAAGGACAAGGAAUGAUAAAUGCCAGAGAAGAUGCAGGACCGAAUUAUCAAACAGAUCCUCGUGCACGUAAACAACAUUUGUUGCGUAUUGCAAAGGGAGAUCUCAGAUGGCCUCAAUUAACGAAUGACGAAUGCAUGGAUGUUGUAGAUGGACGAAAUUGCACGCCACUGCAUCGAUUGAUCACGCCUCCUGCACGAUUGUUGGUGGCACGUUUACUACGACGUGAUUCAAGCAAACGGAUAAGUGCAUGGGAAGUUUGGGAUGAUGAUUGGAUGCUUAAAGGUAGCUUUUCCGACGCAAACAGAGGUCAAGGUGAGAGCAGCCUACGAGGACAAGCUUUCACCGUACCCUCUGAUCCACGUUUAACCGAAGGACAAGCUUGGUUGAAUGCGAAUGCCCGUGUUCAAGCAGGUGCUCCUGAUGUUGUGCAUGACGAUUGAUGUAGUGAAUCCCCUUCCCACCUUAUUCAAAUGCUUCAUUUCUUGGUUUCGUUGCCCUAUCUUCCCUAUUUUUUGUGCUAUCUAUUCAUAUCUACUCAUACUGAUGAUGUUGUAUUUGUUACGUUUCAAUUGCAUCUAUAAUUGCCGAGUAGG